CUCCCUGCGCCUAGUAACAGCGAAAGCGUCGUCCACGCCAUGGAUGGAGAGAGAAACUGAAUGCCAAGAUCCGCGGAAGAUUUAGAACCGAAACGGAUCACUAUGCGCCAUAAACUCUCCGUUCACCAACUUUCUCGCAGUUUAGACACCACACACUCCCAUGCGAGCCGUUCACAAUAACGCGGACUCACUGUUUGUGAUACCCGGCUAAGCGUCUUAAGGCUUGGGACGAUAGCGCAAAAUGGCUUGCGCUGUGGAGAGAUGAGUGAAACCUACUGAUAUUUGGGGUGAUCGGAUGCCCAUUUAAGCAUGGGGAAGCUACAGAGCAAGUUCCGGCGACGCUCAGACCUUUAUAAGGCCAAAGAAGGGGCAGAGCCUGCACCUGUGCACCAGGUAGUGCAGUACGAACCUGCUCACACAGAUGCCAUCAACUGUGUCGUCAGCCUGACCUCUGACCUCUGCGUGUCAGGAGGUCAUGACCAGGCUGUUGUCGUCUAUGACUGGAGAGCUGGGAGACUUUGUAAAUCUUUCCAGGGCCACAACAGAGAGAUUACAAAGUUGUGUUGUUUUAAAGGGAGUUCCCUGAUCUUCAGCGCAUCUCGAGAUAAGACGGUGCUGAUGUGGGAUUUGGGACGAGAUACAGAAGCCAUCCAGGAGUUCAGUGGUCAUGAGCUUGUCGUUAAUGGAGUAGCUGUUAGUCCAGAUGGAUCAAAGCUGUGCACGGGUUCUCGAGAUAACUCCAUGUGCCUCUGGGACAUUGAGUCUGGAGAAUGUCUGCAGAGAAACACCAUCUCACGAAACCUGGUUACCCAUGUGUGUUGGGUACCAGGAAGCACGUCUAUUGUCCAAACCUCAGAAGACAAAACUAUCAGGGUGUGGGACAGUCGCACAUGGCAGGUCACAAACACUUUUCCAGCAAAGCAGUACAUUCAGACCCACUGUGAUGUCAACGCUAACUGUUACCACCUGCUUUCCUCCAGCAACGGUUUUGGCGGACAGGGCUGUGAGGCUACGCUGUGGGACCUCCGGCAGCCUGGCUGUAAGGUGGCCGAAUACAGAGGACACUUGCAGACCACAGCAUGUUGUGUGUUUGUGCCUACCCGUCCUGGAUGUCCUGCCCUUGUGGCCUCAUCAUCUUAUGACAGCUCAGUGAAAAUAUGGGACCAGAACACUGCAGCUUGUUUGUACACUUUAACUCUGGAUGGUUCGGGGCCGCUGGUUUCUCUAGCUCCGUGUGACUCCAGUAGUUUGCUGUGUGCCAGUUUUAACACAGGACUUCAUCAGCUGCAUCUAGACCAGAGUGCAGUGCCCAGUAUCACUGAAGUGGCUCGCUUCUGACCUCCAAUCUGGAAAAAUCACACCCCCUCCUGACCUCCAUCUGCAGAAUAAACCAUCUUCUUCAAUGAAUGGAACUCUUGGUAAUUACAGGGAAAAGAAAAGUAUGUUCUAAUUAAAGGGAUAAGCUCAUCCAGAAAUGAAGAUUUGCUCCAGUCAGGCCAAGAUGUAAGAUGAAUUUCUUUUAUUUGUUCAACGUUACAUCACUUGCUUUACCAGUUGAAGCUCUGCAGUAAAUGUCCUGUAAAACAGCUGAUAAAAACAACAAAAUAUGUCACAACACAACUUGAGUCCACCACUUAAAUCAAGAAGCCCUAUAAUACACCCAGCGGCAUAAGGUACAAGGCGUGUAUGACAUGAUUUGUUCCUAUUUUCAUACGAGCGCAGGUUUCUUUUUUUUACGUUUUGCACCAUGUUGUUUGAAUAGCAAAUCCAUUUGCGCCAUUUUUUGGACUCAUGGGAGUGCCAGUCUGAAAAGGAGGUGUUUUAAGGCGCAUUGUUGGCUUGUUGUUGUUUUGAGGAACUAAAAUAGACUGCACCAUUCACUAACUUAAAGCUGCUCUAAAGUCCAGCACAGAGUUUUUGUCAUUUAAAGUGUGUGUUAGUCAUGCGCCUAAACGGUUCCAAAAGCUUACACAUUGCAUAAUAUACAUACUGUAGGAUGUACAGCAACACACACAUAUAUUUACAUAUGAAUAAAAUUAAAGGAUUCAAAUAUUUAAAAAAAUGUAUUAUUUUCUACAUAAAUGCACAAACCACUGCCUCUAGGCCUUCUUCACCUUGUGGGGCUUUUUUUCAGUUUAUUCAUAACAAUUUGCAUUUGUAUAAUGUUAUUAUUAUUAUUAUUAUCAGUAUUAUUUAU